ACUUUUCUUUCUCACAACGACGAAUUCUAGAUUCCAAAUUUCAUGUCAUUGAUAGUGAUUUGUUCACUCACGCAUUGAACCUACAAUCUAUUUCAUCAUUCAAUCAUGGCAGAUCACGAGGACAUCAUGGAACUCGACUUAACCAUGCUGAGCAUAACUUCGCCUCACCAAAUCAAACGCAAGCGACCAUAUAGGUCAUCAAUGGAGGACGGAUCGGCGGAGCAAUCUUUGGAGGAAAUCAAUCAGCUUCUAGCCAAUGUUGACCUCAGUGAAGGCACCAAAGACAUCUUACGGGUCAUGGCCAUGGACUACCAAGCUCUGAAGAUCCUCAACCCAGACACCAGGGAGUAUGCGAAGAAGCAGGCGGGCCUUCUGAGAGCGGAAAUGCUCCUCCAGCGUGUUUUAUCGGAAGACGAGAAGUAUGCAAAACUCUCUAUGAGUCACCAAAGUUUGCUCGACAAGGGCAAGAUUUUGAACCUAGGUGACUACCACAGAGCAAAUUUGAAUACGUUCAAGGUCACAGCACGGGCAUUGGUGGCUGAAAGGAACAUGGGAAAGAAGAAAGCAGAAAAGGAGAAGAACCCACUGGACAACAAACCCUGGAGAGAAAUCCUCGCUGAAAUAGAUAAGGAGGAAUCCGAGAUGAAGGCAUGGCGAGCAAAACCAGGACACGGAAUCCUGGGAAAGGGUGCAAUGCCCAACCAGGACUUGAUCGAUUUCCUCGAAAAUGUGGCUGAACGUUGCACACCGCCUUGGAGCUUCGAUCAGGCCAAAUUCGAAAUGCGAGAGUAUCAGACUCGCAAUAAUAUCGCACACGCGGGAAUCGACGAGCUCCUGGAAACGGCCAAGAAGGCCAAUGAUCGCCACUCGGAACACUGGCGCACUGUAGCCCAGUACAUCAUCAGGGACCGGCAAGCACUGCAGGAAGAAGACAUGCCUCUACAUCUUGCGGCUGCCAGCGGCAACAAGGAAGCCAUCUUGGAGAGUUUGCGGAUUUUUCAACUACAAUACUUUCAGGUCUUGACAACGAAACGAGACGAUAAUGGAGUAAAGAUGCCGAACCAAGUUCAACUAAAAGAUGCACUUUUCCCAGAAGCGGAUGAAGACGAUGACGAUGAGCCACUGCUGAAGAAUCAGGUCUUGAGUUUCGUACCAACAGAUGGCUGGGAGCAAAAGGCAAAAGAUGGAUUCUUAGCCGCCGAAAAAGAGCUGUUGGAAUGCGAGGAAGCAUUUCAAGCGGCGCAAGCAGGGGUUACUGAGGCUGAAAAUGGCCGAAAACAAGCCCAAGAGAAUUUAAGGGUAGCCCAAAAGAGCUUUAAGACGGCCAUGAAGAAUUUUCGAGAGGCUGUGAAGGAGCAGGAAAAGAACUUGCAUCUCUGUCUGAAUAGCAACUGAACAAGAACGCAAAUCUUCGCUAGUUAAAAACUCAAAGGACUCGAAUGAAUUCUGAUAGAAGUCAUAUUGCUUCG